GACCUCGACAUAUCCCUCAACUUCCUCGCUGUUACCACCAAGAAACUCAGUCAUGGCCACAGAGGUGGCUCCCGUCGCUUCGACUGAGGCCGAAAAACCCAUCCAUACCAUCAUCCUCGACUCGUCACCGCUCCUUCUCAACACACCUGGCAUUUCCACCCUCCUCGUCAACAGCCAUGUCCUACUCACUACCCCUUCAGUACUUUCCGAAAUGCGAGGCGAAGAAGCACGGACGAGAAUUGAAACACUAUACAAACCCUUCCUGACCGUACGAAGUCCCAAACCCGAAAGUAUCAAGGUUGUCAAGGAAUUCGCUAGAAAGACCGGUGACGGUGCUGUGCUUAGCGCGACGGAUUACGAGAUUCUUGCUCUGGCAUAUGAAGUAGAAGUUGAGCGAAAUCAUGGUGAUUGGAGGUUGAGGUCAACACCCGGUCAGAAAAGAGUCAAUGGGCGUCCGCCGGAGAAGACAAAUGAGACAACUACUGAGGACAAGAAUCUCGUCGAACAAGUUCAAUCACCAAUUGAAGGAGUUGAUGAAGCCGAGCUGGCGGAUCAGGUUGAUACGCUGAAACUUCAAGAGGCCACCACUUCCAAUGACUCAGAAGAAGUGACGAUAAAGGACGAUCAAGCGCCUGUACCAUCGCUAUCCCAAGAGGAGAGUACACCUGAUGAAGUCAUUGUGACGGAAACCGUCGAAGAGGAGUCAGAUUCGGACGGCGGAUGGAUUACACCGUCGAACAUCAAGAAAAAGCAAGCCAAGGACGAAGAUGGGAGCGACAAGUCACGAGGCGAGACCAAACAUCUUCAGGUUGCGACCAUGACGGGGGAUUUUGCCAUGCAAAACGUCCUACUCCAGAUGAACCUCAAUCUACUCUCCACCAAGACCUGCAAGAGAAUAUCACAGAUCAAGCAGUUCAUCCUCAGAUGCCACGCCUGUUUUGCCACAAGCAAAGACAUGUCGAAACAGUUUUGUGCGCGGUGUGGAAAGCCGACAUUGACGCGAGUGAGUUGUACCACCAACGACAAAGGAGAGGUCAAACUACAUCUCAAGGCCAAUAUGCAAUGGAAUAACCGGGGCAAUGUGUAUUCUAUUCCCAAAGCGACCCCAGGAACCUCGAAUCAGAAAUGGAAGGGUCCUCGUCAAGGUGGCGGACAAGGUGGAUGGGGGAAUGAUUUGAUUUUGGCUGAGGAUCAGAAGGAAUACAUUCGCGCAAUGUCGACUAUGAAGAGGACAAAGGAAAAGGAUUUGAUGGAUCAGGACACUCUGCCCAGCAUUUUGACGGGCAACAGAGACCAUGGCGCAGGGAGAAUACGGAUUGGCGGUGGAAAAAACAUCAACUCUAGAAAACGGUAGAGGUUGUAGACAAAUGCCAUUUUCAAUGGUAUAUUAUGAAUGUAUGGCUGUCUUGAAGAGA